AUGUCUCAUUUAAAAUAUAUGAAAGAAAUAAAUAAUUUAACUCGUAUGGAUGAAGCUAUUAAAGGACCGCUUCCACGUUGGCAGAAAAAAAGUUUAGAAACAUCAAAUUCUAGUGUUAAUAUUAGUGUUAGUUCCACAAGAAAAAUUACAAAUGGUUCAUUUGCAAAUACUACUACAGGCAAAACACCAACAAAGAAGAAUGAUAUUCGAGCUAAAAAAACACCAUCUAAAGCUUCUAAAAAAUCACCAAGUCGUAUUUCUACACCAGCUAAGACACCUAGUGGUGGUGAUAGGUUUAUUCCCUCAAGAUCAACUACUAAUUUUGAUCUUGGCUAUUAUAAGAUUCAGCAACAAACAAAUAUAGAAAAGGAAGAUGAAAAAGUAGAUAAUGCAAGUCCUUCUAAAAGGGAAAUGCAGCGACUUAUAGGGGAAAAUCUACAUGGUGGUGAUAUCAAUCAAAUGAGAGUUUUAUCCUAUCAGAACAAAGCACCAGCUCCUCCAGAAGGUUAUCAAAAUCCUUUGCGUGUUGUGUAUAGUCAAAGUAAAACACCAGCAAGCAUUAAAGCUUCUACAAGAUAUAUACCACAAACACCAGAUAGAAUAUUGGAUGCUCCAGAAAUUGUUGAUGAUUAUUAUUUGAAUUUGAUUGAUUGGUCAGAAAGUAAUAUUUUAGCUGUAGCAUUAGGUGCUAAUGUGUAUUUAUGGAAUGCUGCAACAGGAACUAUAGAACAAUUAUUUGAAUUAGAAGGCAAUGAUUAUAUUUGUUCUGUGGCAUGGAUUCAAGAAGGUCCCUAUUUAGCUAUAGGUACUACAAUGGGAAAUACUGAAUUAUGGGAUUGUAGUCAAACAAAAAGAGUUCGUGUAAUGAAUGGUCAUGCAGUCAGAGUAGGUUCUCUGUCUUGGAAUUCACAUAUUCUGACGAGUGGAUGCAGAGCAGGACAAAUAGUACACCAUGAUGUUAGACAAAGGGACCACCUAAUAUCAACAAUUAAUGCACAUGGUCAAGAAGUAUGUGGUUUAAAAUGGUCACCUGAUGGAAAGUACUUAGCAAGUGGUGGUAAUGAUAAUAUGCUUCAAAUAUGGCCAUCAGUGUCUGGACAAAGUCAUACACAUACACAACCAAUUUAUUCAUUAAAUCAGCAUCAAGCUGCUGUAAAAGCUCUUGCAUGGUGUCCCUGGCAGAAUAGUAUUCUUGCUAGUGGGGGUGGUACUGCUGAUAGAACUAUUCGAUUUUGGAAUUGUAAUACAGGUGUAUGUUUAAAUAUGGUAGAUACCAAAUCACAAGUAUGUUCUUUGCUUUGGUCUACAACAUAUAAAGAAAUUGUAUCUGGCCAUGGAUAUGCGCAAAAUCAAUUAAUAAUUUGGAAAUACCCUGCAAUGACGAAGGUUGCAGAACUUACAGGCCACACUAGUCGUGUUUUACACUUAGCAAUGUCUCCAGAUGGUACUACAAUACUUAGUGCAGGAGCUGAUGAAACCUUGAGAUUAUGGAAGUGUUUUCAACCUGAUCCACAUAAAAAAAAAGAUACAAAUGAAAUAAAAUCUGUUACUUCUAGACUUAAACAAUCAAUUCGGUAA